GUCUUAUUCUUUCAAUGGGGAUGACCAAAAUGGCUCUUGACAACUGUCGACGUCGUCUUAUUGCGUUUCAGGCUGAGAAGGAAGCACUGGAGCUAAAAUUGAAAAAGACAGAAGAUGAUCUGACGAGGCGGCUCAACGACGCCGAGCAGACGCUGUCGGAGAUGGAGCGCAUGCGUCUGGAAUGGACUCUUGAGAAGAACUCUCUUUGCAGCCGCCACGCUGACGAGUUGCGCCGUGAGCAGGAGAAGGCGGCCGACUUGCAGGAGCGCCAGCAGCAGCAGACGCAAAAGCACUGUCAGGAUCUGGAGCGCGCUCACCAGCGCGACAGCCAGCAGAUGCAAAGCCGCCUGGUGCAGCUGGAGACCUCCUGUGGGGAGCUGAGUGACAGGGACUACCAAAACCAGGCCGCCCUCAGGGACCUCAAGGCCAAACUGGUGGCCGCCAAGGAGGUACGUCUGCCAUUUUUGUCAUAUUCACAGCGCCAGAUAGAGAGCCCAUGAAAACAAUAGUUAGGUGUAAAAUUCCACUGCCUAUACAAUGACUCAGCAAAGUGAACUCAAGAGUACGGGCUUAACACUCUUGGAGCCAAGGCCCAUAGUUCCAACCAUGGCACCAGUCCAUAAAGUCAGAAUAAAUAAAUGCUGACAGUUUUGUUUGGUCGUAUUCAUAAACGCACCUCGUUUGUGUGAACCCGUUUCAUCUGACCCAAAGCGGGAAGCCAGGAUGGAUUCCGUUGUAUGAAAGGCAGAUACUAGAUGUUCACGCUUUGCCAAUGUGCUGCCACCCACUGGACGAAUUGUUGUGCGUGUCACUCCAGCAUGCAGGACUGU